UCCUUUUCCCCUCCAUCAGGCUGUAGCGUGGUGUUGGUGGUACUGGUGGUGGUCAUCGUCGCCCUGGCCUCCACUUCACGCCACGCCUUCCCGCAGGACCCUCGCAUCCAGCCGCCUUACGUCACCACUGUCACCACCUGCGGUCUGGUCCAAGGGAUGGUGGACGGAGGAGCAUUUGUGUUCCGCGGUGUUCCGUACGCUGUGCCGCCCGUGGGGGAGCGUCGCUUCAGGCGGUCACAGCCGCACAGCAAGCUAGAGGACUGCUGGACCGGCACCUACAUGGCCAACGUGACGCGGCCGUGCUGGGGUUAUGACAGUCAGGGCGGCGUGGUGCAGGGCUUCGAGGACUGCCUGCUGUUGGACGUGGUUCACGCCACAACUGGGGUACGACACGCCCCUCCCGGUGGUGGUGGUGGUGGGCGGCGCCAGCCUGGGGGGUGAUGCGCAGCGGCCAUGGAUGGUGAGCAAGGCCGCCCAGCUGGUGCAGGACCGCCGCGUGGUGCUGGUGUCGCCUCAGCUGCGCCGCGGACCUUUUGGUUUCUUCCCGCACCCAGCAGUGGCAGCCUCCACCUACCCACACACCGCCGGGAACCAGGGCGCCUCAGACCUGCUGGCGGCACUGAUUUGGACGCGGCACAACGUGGAGCAUUUUGGUGGUGACCCCGCACAGGUGACCCUGCUGGGCCACCGCGCGGGGGCGGCGCUGGCCUGGCCGCUGCUGUCAUCGCGCAGCGGCCGAGACCUGGUUCACUCCGCCUGGCUGAGCGGCGCGGCGCCGCACCACCCCACGCGCUCCUGGCGGGACGCAGACCCAGCCCUCCUGGAGUCCCUCAACUGCACCUCCGUGGCGUGCCUGGAGGCCAUGCCCGCCCUCCAGGUGAUGGAGGCGCCGCCCCUGGAGUGGCGCCGCCCCGGCCACCACGCCUGGCUGGUGGCGGAUGGCCUGGACGUGUCCUUCCUGCCCGCCAUGCCUCAAGUGCCUCUCGUCCUGGGAUCCACAGAGCAAGUGGCUGCCGAGCCCCUGCUAUCCUGGAGGGGCCGACUGGGGACCUCCCGCUCUCUCCUGCUGGACGCAAUACUGGAAGGCCUCAGGUUUUUUUCCACAGCUCAGGAACCGCCGACCACAGUGCGGCCCAGCAAGGCGGCCAUAGUGACAGGCUACGGGAACCAAGGGUGGCCGCCCCCACUGACAAAACGCAGGGAGGAGGAGGUGCAGGUGGCUGUGGUCGGGGCUGCAGCAGCAGAGGCGGCCCUAGAGAGGUACUCUGAGGAGGUGACGGACCCCUGGCUGCUGCUGACGACACUGGUGAGUGAUGCCACCACCACCUGCCCCGCCCUCGCCGCCGCCGCCUCCUUGGCCCGCUCCGUGGCCCACCGCCGCCGCACACCCGUCACUGCCACACCUGUGUACGCCUACCUAGCCCGCCACGCCCGUGCCAGCCGCGCCGGCACCCUGGCAGACGGCACCACGGACCUGGAGGCGCUGCUGGGGCUGCUGCCGCUGCACUCCGCUGCCGACAGAAGCUUCGCUCACGCGCUGCAGGAACUGUUCUUCCGCUUCGUGGCCGAUGGCGUCCCCGAGCGGCACGAGUCCACGCCGGCCCAGCUCGGCGUGUACCUGGUGGGGGACGGGUUCACGGUGCAGCGGUCCCGGCCGCUGUGUGACCACUGGGCCAACGCCUCACACCUUGCCGGCAGGUUCUAGCGGCGGCGGCAGCGGAGAUGCGGGGGCCAAGGGAGGUAAGGUGAGUGAGGAGUGCUGCAGGGUUAUGGAGGCUCAGGGAAGGCAGUAAUGUUCACUUGUAGUUUGUACUGAGCCGCAGGAAGGUAUGGGAGACAAAUUGAUCAUAUGUAUACUAUGUAUAAUUUUGUUUACCUGAGUCUGUAAGACUAACAUUCCAAUCACCUGAUAGCGUAAAGGUUUGUCUCUGUUGGAGAGAUUGUGUGGCGCUGCGACUGCCGCGGCGCAGCGCAGCGCCACGUGCCGCCGUGCCUUUGUGGAGCAGAACCUUUGUAUGUAAGUGUAAUGUUAUCUGGACCUGGAUGCCUUAGGAAGGACCACUGCUGACCUGUGCGUGGCCCGGCACCGUCUGCGCCCCAGACGGGUGGUGCCAUCCUGUGCAGGAAGACUCCAGAGAGAUCUUCCAGGCAAGAUUCUCUCUCUGCUGGAAGUGGACGAUCUUGCCAAAGAGUACACAGUCACUGCCACACUGCCUCUGAUCUCACUGACGAGUAGCGUAGGACCAGAGUCUUUCAGGCCCUCGUGUCACCAGCCAAAGAUGGAGUGGGAGGAGCUUCGGGCCGCUGGGCUGCCCCUGGCUGCUCACUGCCACCCACGGUUACACCUCACCCUUGACCCACACACCACAGCCGUACCUCACUCAUUGAACAGUACAGAUGUGUGUUGCUUGUUGUUGCAUGCCUAAAAAAUAUGACAGGGGAGCAUAACAAGAGGCAACACUACUGAGUGACUUGCACUGUGUGAACACCACAUCAGGAAUCUUGGUUUUCUCACUUCACAACGUAUGAAGACAAAAUUAUUGCUUACUUACUACAUCUGGAUCUUCAGUCUGCCAGCCCUCACUGUGUAUUAGAUCACAGGGGAAGAGGAACAUUUGAAAAAUAUUAUCAUAUUCAAAUUUGAACUUACACAUCCUUUAUAUUCAUUGCCUCUUGUUGUCACCAAGAUGUCCAUGAUGAUACAGACGAAUAAAUCUUGCCAAAUAGCCAAACAAAAGUGAUUAAUAGGGGUGAAACUGAUGAGUGGGAAAGGCGACAAGGAAACUUGGAUAGGAAUAGGAGUACUGUAUAUUUCCUUACAUUUCCACUGCAUGUCUUCCUGAGUGAGAGUGUGAAGGGUUGCCGAAAUGCAGGAAAAUUUAUAUAGUACUCCUCCUUCAACCUGUGUUUCCUUAUUAACUUUUACACCCAGAUCUUUAAAUUGUUACGCUGAAAUGAGGGUGUUAUUGGCGAGAUGUGAAAAUUAGAAACACUUCACAAUAGGAGGUUGAGGCUGGUAUGCGGGUCAGGGCGGGCGUGGCGAGGCAGCUCAGGAUUGGCCGCGCCUCCCACUCACCCACCAAACUUUUGUUGAAUCGUGUUUUUAGAGUUUAACGUGAAAAUUACUAAGCGUUUGUAUUAUGAGUUUAUGGUAUGAUUUUUGCUGGUCUUUUGAUUUUGUCGUUUAAGUGAAGUUCUGAUAUAUGUAUGUAUGCAUUUGAAAGGACACACACACACACACACACACACACACACACACACACACACACACACACACACACACACACACACACACACA